UGGGGAGGCCAAACUGGUCCUUUUUCUUUUUUCCUCCUGCUCUGCUUUGCUUUGCUUGCUUGGUCUACUUCCCCAACUCCCCCCGAAAAAACAAUCCCAAGCGGCACCCACACGGCCAUGGCCGCCUGCCCCUCCUCCCCUCCCACCCCAAACCCUAGGUAGCACUAGCAGCAGCGCUCUCCCUGCCUCGACGGUCCCUCGAGCUCCUGCCCCGCGCCGAUCUGAGCCCCCGCCGCUAGGUCUCUCGGGAGGGGAAAGCGCGUCUUUUUGGCCUUUGUCUUUGCGGCUCUGCUCGGUGGGAACUCCCGAGCUUCGGCGGAGCAUUUCCUGGGGCGGGCGGGGAUGGAGCCGCGGGUUGGGAACAAGUUUCGGCUGGGCCGCAAGAUCGGCAGCGGCUCCUUCGGGGAGAUCUAUCUCGGGACUAAUAUCCAGACCAACGAGGAGGUCGCGAUUAAGCUGGAAAAUGUGAAGACAAAACAUCCUCAGCUGCUCUACGAAUCGAAGAUCUACAGGAUUUUGCAAGGAGGAACUGGAAUCCCAAAUGUCAGGUGGUUUGGUGUAGAAGGAGACUACAAUGUCUUAGUCAUGGAUUUGCUGGGGCCAAGUCUGGAGGAUCUAUUUAAUUUUUGCAGCAGAAAAUUAUCUCUCAAGACUGUACUUAUGCUUGCCGAUCAGAUGAUAAAUCGAGUGGAAUUCGUCCACUCCAAGUCAUUUCUGCAUCGAGACAUUAAGCCAGAUAAUUUUCUCAUGGGUCUUGGCAGGCGGGCUAAUCAGGUCUAUGUUAUAGAUUUUGGUCUUGCCAAAAAGUAUAGGGAUACCUCGACUCAUCAGCACAUCCCAUACAGAGAGAACAAAAACUUGACUGGGACAGCAAGAUAUGCAAGCGUGAACACUCAUCUUGGCAUUGAACAAAGUCGAAGAGAUGACUUGGAAUCUCUUGGAUAUGUACUUAUGUACUUCCUACGGGGAAGCCUUCCUUGGCAAGGUCUGAAAGCAGGAACGAAGAAGCAAAAGUAUGAGAAGAUCAGUGAGAAAAAAGUUGCAACAUCAAUUGAGGCUCUGUGUCGUGGGUAUCCUACUGAGUUCACAUCAUAUUUCCAUUAUUGCCGCUCGCUUCGGUUUGAUGACAAGCCUGAUUAUUCCUACCUUAAGCGACUGUUCCGUGACCUCUUUAUCCGCGAAGGUUUUCAGUUUGACUAUGUAUUUGACUGGACAAUACUGAAGUACCAGCAAUCUCAAAUUGCUAGUGCCCCGCCUCGUGUUGCAGGCCAUGGUGCAGGACCUUCUGGGUUGACACCACCUGUAUUGCAGAAUGAUAGUCAAUCUGGUGCUGUUGAAGGGAGGAUUAGUGGUUGGUCAGCAAUGGACCGACGUCGUGCCCCACCCCCCAUUGCAAGCGUGGGGACUUCAAAUAAGCAGAAAGCCCCUGUAGGAAAUGAUGCUCCUAUUUCUAAAGACCCUGCGAUAUCCGGCUCGAAUUUUUUGGGGCGGUCAAGUGGAUCGUCAAGGAGAGCUGCUGUUUCAAGUAGCCGGGAUGCUGUGGCAAGUGACACUUUUGAGCCUUCACGAUCACGCACGACUGAUGCAAGCCCUGGUGCAUUCCGUAGAACCUCAGGUGCUCAGAGAAGCCCACCGGUUGAUUCUGCAGAACCACAGCGUUCCUCUUCGGCUCGGCAUUCAUCUAACCCGAAGAACUACGAGUCUGCCCUCAAAGGUAUUGAAGGUCUUAAUUUCGAUGGCGAUGAGAGGGCUCAGUACUAGUAGCACUGAGAAAACGAUUCUACUUCUACGUGUGCUGUGUAUAAAUUAUAAUCUGAAGAUAAGCACAGCAUUUCCUGUUGAGUUUUGGAUCACAGGAGAUGUUACGAGGAGGAUGUGAAGUGCUAUUGCCAGAUGAUGGUGGUGGUCUUCUGGACACGGUAAAUAAGUGGUCAGCCCGAGGCACAAGGAAUGUAGCUCUCAUAAUUUAAUGUGAUUGGGGUGGUUCUGUAAAUGUCUUUAAUCUUUAUAGUUUUUUAUGUGGCGCUUGUGAGUCUGUUGUAUUAUUUCUAUUCCUUCCGGUGCACCUUGUCCAGUUGCCAUUGUCUUGGCACAGCCAAGUGCAGCUUGUAGGACUUUGUCUUUGGAAACUGGAACUUGACCAUGUAGAAUUUUUUCGAACAAAUUUGGCUGGUAACGUUUCCUGACUAUUAAUGUGCCUUCAAGGAA